AUGACGCUUCCAUACCCAGAAGUCCUUGCGAAAACCCCCCGACAUCCAAUCUUAUACUCGCAUCCAUCCCCAAUCCAUCCACUACCAGCAAUAAGCCACCCAAGAAUAUCAAUCUUCGCCAAGCGCGAAGAUCAAUCAGCGCCACUAGCCUGCGCCGGGAAUAAAUACCGCAAGCUAGAAUAUAUAGUCCCAGACAUACUGUCCAACUCACCAAAGUACCACUACCAUGAAAACCAUCCAACAGAAACUCGCCUCCCAGGUCCAGCCACAACCCUCGUCACAGAAGGUGCGAUCCAAAGUAAUCACACUGUGCAGGUAGCAGCUCUGGCAAGAAGCCUAGGUCUCAAAGCUUUGGUCCUUUUACACCGUGGUACGGGCGGUGGUCUUCGUGCCGCACGAGAUAAGGAAGAAUUCAUGCGCUCCGGCAACGUGCAGAUAAACCGUCUCCUCGGCGCUGAAGUGCGUGUUUGUCAAGAAGGCGAUCCAAUUGCCGCAGAUGCGUCGCCUGUCCUUCAGGAACUUAGCGCGAAAGGAGAAUAUCCGUAUUGGAUCCCUGGUGGUGCGAGUUUACAUGCGCUUGGUGGGCUUGGGUACGCGCGUGCCACGUUUGAGAUCGUGGCACAGGAAUCCGAAAUACAACUUGGUGGGUCUGGUCGAUUUGAUUAUAUAUUCGUUGCUUGCGGGAGUGGGAGUACUGUCGGUGGGUUAAUUGCUGGAUUUAAGAUGAUUGAGAAGUUACGUAUGGCAUCUGGGCCUGUUGAUCGGCUUCCCUCGCGGAAUAUAAUCGGUGUGCUUAAUUCUCCGACGAAGCCACGGUCAUAUCAUGAGGAGAGGGUAUUGAGAUUCGCCAAAAGCGCAGGAUUGAUGAUUGGGCUAGAAAACGAAAGUGAUAUCAGCAUGGAUGAUGUUCGCCUUGAAGAUCGAUUUGUGGGGACUGCGUAUGGGGUUCUAGAUGCGGCUUCUAAGGAGGCACUGGAAAUUAUUGCUCAAAAGGAAGGGCUUAUACUCGAUCCAGUGUAUACGGCCAAAGUCGCGAGAUGCAUGCUGCAGUUGACCAAAGAGGAUGAGAUCAGUACAUGGGCCUGUGAACAUGACUCGGACACGGUUAAUAUAUUAUUUAUUCACACGGGCGGACAAACUGCACUGGGUGCUUAUGCGUGA